GCCUUUCCAUCUUGUUCCUCUCGAGAGCUCAGCGCCGUAGUUGUUGUUGUGGUAUGUAAUAAUGGCGGCAGCAGGAGGCGGAUUAGCAGCCUCGGCUGUUGGAGCGACCGUGAACACCACCGCCACCGUUCGCUGCCGUUUCCCAGGUCGGCCAUGGACGGCCCGGAGCCUGCAGAGGACGGAGAAACGCUCUCAUGUCGGUCGGGUGAGGGCUGAAGACAGAAAAGGGCCGCGGCCCGUCGACGUUGGAGCGACGCUGAGAGAAGAUCCGUUUCUGUCGCGGCUGCUGGGGUUCGCGGAGAAACACAGGCGGCAGCGCGAGGCGGGAUUCUGCACCAGCGACGAGGAGGAGGGAGAUUUCACUGGCUUUAAUGUGGACGGUCAGGGGUCCUUGCGUUCUGGGAAAAGUUCAAACCGUGCCCUUAAAUUGGCAUCAUCAAAGGUGAAGCGUUCCUCAGCACCAGAUUUAAAAUCAUCAAUAUUGAAAAAACCUGGUAUGAGAGGCAGACGCUUUUCCAGAACUGACCAAAAAUCUGUAAGAACCAAAAUGGUAGUUAAAGUGGCAGCCAAAAGGGUGACCAAAAGAGAAACAAAAAAGACAUCUGUAAAUGGAGAUAGACGUUUGAAACAGGGCAGCUCAAGCAAGACAAAUGGCAGGGUACUCAGGAACCAGAGAGCGGGAACAAGGAUCACGUCACAGACAGAAAAUGAUAAAACUACGGUGGAUGAGGACGAUACCGGCGUAAAGUCUCAGACACAUGGUUCCAGUGCAGCGGAGAAAUUAGUGUGGACUCUGACACUGGUUAAAGGUAAAGAGCGAGCCUCCAAACUUAAAGACACCCAAGGCCAAAGAGCUUCAGCGGAAUAUGCCAAGAGGGUCAAGACAAAAGGAGUCACCGCUGGUGAUGAGGCAGAGGAGGUUUCCACAAAACCAAUGGCCAAACAGAAAAGGGGCAGAAAAUCUGCAGCAGACAAAGUAGCUCUUAAAUCUCCUGGCACAGAUGUUGGAGCAUCUUUAAGUGACAGAUUGUUAACUUCUUCCCAAAGGAAGCCUUUCGUAAGGCGACGAAAGCGUGGCCAGCGAAGGUUACUACUAAAGAAAGUUCACCGCAAAGUACCUGACAGUCAGAGGCAGGCCUCUAGUAUACCGAGAAAGAGAAAAAGACUUUCCGUCACAGAUACAGACCCUACAAAUGUUCUGCAGCCAAUGGAGGGACAAGAACAAGCACUCCUGGAAUCCACCUCUGGAGGCCAGUCUGAUGAGCUGAAACACCCCACCAAACCAACUGUUAGCGCUCGUUCUUCUCGUGUCAUCAAGAUCCCAAAGAGGUUCAUGGAUGACGAGCGCAUGUCUGCUCUUCCAGAAAGAGCAGCUCUAAAGAAACCAGCUCUUACUGAGCUCCCAACAGAUCUCAGCAAACCCAAUACUGAUUAUCAAACGCUUGAAUCCGGCAGCAGGCUAAUGGCCACACAAGAACUGGACAUCGUAAACGACGAUGAAAAAAGUGUUUUAGAAAAAAUGCAAUCUCAGGAAUUCAAACCUGCUUUGACCUCUUCGAGGCUCUCUGGUGGAGCUCGGGGAAGAGGUGGGAGAAUUGGCCAAUCCGCGGACCACUAUAAAAUAUACUGGAAGCUGAAGAAGCUCACGGCCUGCCUGGCCAAACGAAAGAUGCAGCGGAUGGCUGGUGAUAGUUCCAGGCUAACAGAGGAAGAUACUGAGGAAGGAACCCAAGAUAGUCAAGAAAGAAAGUCUGAUCUGAAACUGCAGGACAUGUAUUCACCGGGAGUGGUGCCUAAAGUAGCCAUACGUGUUGGGGAACAUUCAGAUCAGACACCGCUUGCUUCUUUAGCGGAAGCCUCUUCUAAGGAGAAUGUAGAGACUGCUAAGCUUGAGGACUCCACUGAAACGAGUGCACAAAAUGAGCAGCAAGGUGGUGUCCCGCAGCGAUUGAGUGUUUCGGGAGCCAAUAAGAGGAUGAUCCACCUGUUGAAGAGAGCCAGAGUUCAACUCAUUAAAAUUGACCAACAAAAACAGCUCAAAUCAGCUCAGCUUCUGUCUGGCUCUGUGAAAGCAAGAGAAGCACCAGCCACAGCUGUGCGCAGAGGCAGAAAGAAGGGGACGAGAAAAGUCCCAGCCAACCCAGGAGUAGCUCCACAGGCGCAAUUGAUCGGUGGUCCACGUAUAAAGCAUGUGUGUCGAGCAGCAGCUGUGGCUCUGGGACAGCCCCGCGCACUGGUCCCAGAUGACAUUCCCAGACUCAGCGCCCUUCCUCUGCACGAGAGAGAGGGCAUCACUGCUUCACCUGUGGAAGAGGAUGUUGCAUCUCACUCAGAACCUGAGAGUGAAGAAUCUGUUGAGCCAAAGCCAUCAUUUAUCAAAAGCCUUCCUUUGGGCUGUCGGCUAAGGCGCUGCAAUCGCUGCAAGGGCUGCAAUCGGCUGGAGGACUGCGGGAGAUGUGUGUUCUGUCUGGACAAACCUAAAUUCGGAGGACCCAACAAGAAGCGGCAGAGCUGUGUCCUAAAGAAGUGUGCAAUGAUUGAACGGAACAAAAUGAGAAAAUUUAACAAAGUCCAGGUGAAGCGGCGUCGGCCAUCAGCGCCCACUGCCAUGAACAGCAGCGAGGAAGAAAACGGGGAGGAAAGAGGUGAUGAUGGAGGAGGACUGGCUCAGUUCAGCCCGACCAGGAGGCAGCCCAGACGUCGGGUCACCCCUCGGUCCUACAGAAAAAUGCUGGGCUAUGAUGACUCUGACACUGAGAGUGCCAGCUCUGAUCAGACAAAGCCCAGCGGGACACAAAAGACUCAAACCACUGCAGGUACUACGGCUACCUCUGCUGCUCCUCCAGAAGAGACAACAAAGCAGAAAAGACAAGGGCUUUAUAGAGCAUUUUGGGCUCAACGCAGAAAUGAUAAGAGUUCGGUCGAGCACACGCCGUCCAGCGUCCUCACUCAACUGACCAAUGGCUGCACGCAGAGGGGCAAGUUGUCAAAGGGGUCAAUGAACAAGAUUCGGGUGGACUUUAAGGAGGACUGCAACAUCCAGAAUGUGUGGUUAAUGGGAGGGUUGAGUAUUCUCACUUCAGUUCCUAUCAUGCCCCAGUCUGUGUGUCUGCUCUGUGCCAGCAAAGGCCAGCAUGAGAUGGUGUACUGUCAGAUGUGCUGUGAGCCUUUCCACCAUUUCUGCCUGCCACCAGACGACCGGCCGAAGGAGGAGAACAAGGAGAACUGGUGCUGCAGACGCUGCAAGUUCUGCCAUGUUUGUGGCCGCAAGAGCAAGCAAGCAAAGCCAGUUUUACAGUGUAAGAGAUGCAUGUAUUGCUACCAUCCGUCCUGUUUAGGACCCUCGUAUCCUAAACCUGUCAAACUGAACACCUCAUGGGUUUGUAUGCUGUGUAUUCGGUGUAAAAGCUGUGGUGUGACUCCAGGAAAGUCCUCAGACACUUCCUGGAACCAUGAGCUGGAACUCUGUCCUGACUGUAGCAAACUCCAUAGCAAAGGGGACUUCUGCACCGUGUGCCUGAAGUGCUAUGAGGAACAUGAGUUCGACAGCAGCAUGAUGCAAUGUGCCCGAUGUGCCCACUGGGUCCAUCCCAAAUGUGAGGGGCUCACAGAUGAUCUGCACGAGAUCCUGUGUCGUUUGCGAGGGAAGAGUCUGGUGUUCUCCUGCGCCCCCUGCAGUAAGAGUUUCUGCAGUGGCUGGCAGGAUGUGGUUCAGGAGGUUUUAAGGAACGGCCUGGAGAAGAUCAUGAGUGGACUAAAGAACUCGCUGAACAUCAGCCAUCUCCGCUUGUGUGCUCUGUGUGAGGCCUGUCCAGAUUUUGAGGUCGUAAAGGGACGUUCGGGCUGCUGUUUACAUCCUGUAGAAAAGAAGCUGGAGAGCGGCCUGUACACUUCACUGAAAGCAUUUCAUGAGGAUGUGGUAAAGGUGAUGGUGGAAAGGCUGAGAAAAGAAGAAUAUCUUCUAGAGGCACAAAGGCCCACAAGCCAAGCUAAACUGUAUUACAUAAAGCUUGUAGAACAAGCUUUUAGCUGGUUCAACAGUCAGGACCCCAAAACCUGGAACUCAAAUGUGCAAGACUUCCCACGCGGUAUGCUGCCCGAGGCCAUAAUUCCCCCCAGCAAUGAACACAGUUAUGCACAGUGGCUCAAAGAUCAACAUCCAGGAAGCCCACAGUCCAAGGAUCAGCAGAAAAUAAACUCCAAGUCUUUGGAUGAAAGGCAGUGCUCACUCUGCCAGCAACAUGGAGAUGCCAAACCCAAUGAUGCUGGUAGACUGCUGUAUAUUGGACAGAACGAAUGGGCUCAUGUGAACUGCUGCAUAUGGUCUGCUGAGGUGCAGGAAACCAACGGAGCUUUGCUGCAUGUCCAUAGUGCUGUUGCCAGGGGCCGCUUCAUGCGGUGCGAGCGGUGUGGCCAGACGGGAGCAACUGUGGGCUGCUGUCUAACCUCGUGUCAGAGUAACUACCAUUUCAUGUGUGCUCGUUCCAGCAACUGUGUCUUCCAGCACGAUAAAAAAGUCUACUGUUACAAACACCGUGAACUCAUAAACAGCAAGAUUGAACAAGGCAAUGGGUUUGAAGUUGUUAGAAGGGUUUAUGUAGAUUUUGAUGGAAUCAGUCUACGUAGGAAGUUUCUAACGGGCUUGGAACCAGAGUCUGUAAACGUGAUGAUUGGAUCUCUACACGUUAAAAAUCUUGGGGUGCUGACAGAACUGUCUGCAAAUUCUGGGAAAUUGUAUCCAGUUGGCUACCAAUGUUCUAGAUGGUAUUGGAGCACAGUUGACCCUCGCAGACGAUGCCGGUACACUUGUAAAGUGUCAGAGGUGCGACCGUCAACACGCUGUAGAACCCCUAGCUUCAUGGUGGAUCAGGGAGAAAAUCACACAAUUGUGCACAGUCCAAAAGCCCAAAAUGAUGAGGAUGGCACAGAUAGCGAGUCUUUUUCACCUGGGCUGCCCCUUAGCACUCCCUCAAAGACCAAACAAGACUCAGGGUCCGGAGGUAAGACUCCUGGGUACCUACACAGCAGGAGACCAGCAGGAGGAAUGUCCAGACCAUUGCCUUCGCCCGGAAAUGCUCUUUCCACAUCCCAUCACAUUUUGACCAUCAGUGAUCUUGACGAGACUAGACGUUCAACAAGAAGACUUUCCACUCGCAGUCGAAAUGCCUCUCCUCCACCUGUGGUCCUUUCAGGCCCAAUGGCUUUGCGAUCAGGUGGCUCGAUUAACCCCAGGUCACUAUCAUUUAGUCCCCCGGUCUCACCACUUGGUGCAACUGAGAACCACAUGAGCACCACCUCACCUCGACGAAGAGGAAGGCCACCUUCUUUGUCUCCCUCUACCAUCACCUCAGGACCCUCUCCACCACAAGCAGCUCUCCGAAGUCCAUCUUCAGCAUUACCUUCAACUGUCCACCACUCCCAACGACUUCAACAACCUUUCACAACCUCACCACAUAAAACUGACAAGGUUGUUCAAGAUUUCUUAUCAGAGCCGGAGGAAGCUGCAGGAGCACCAGUCCUCAAGUCAGAUCAUGAACUGCUGUCCCCACACUUUGAUCCAGACACAGAUGUGGCUGUGGCCUCUGUAUUGAACGCAAAGCUUGAAUUUGAUGAGGCUUUGCUCAAUGAAAAUGUUGCCCUGGAUUGUGAUCCUCAAGGUGUUGAGGGAGAACUGGAAGAAGAAGCCUGCAAAUACAAUGCUGGCGGGAAGGACCUAUCAUCUAUUGCAGAGAUGCAGAUGGAAACAGAUGAUGAGGUUGCUGACCAUUAUCUGAAUUUCUCUCGCACAGUUGUGGUCUGUGAGCCUGCCAAAGACACACAGACAGGUCUCACCGUCCUUCCAAACUCAGGGUCUAUCUCACAGCUAGAUGGAGCUGACAAUGACUCAGAGAGUGAUACAGGUGAAGCCAACGCAGAUGACAAUACUCAGGAAGUAGGUAGUAGCUUUCUUAGUCAGGAUGCUGAGCCAUUAAACAUCACUGUUCAAAACAAGGAAACAACCCUUGGUGACGGGCAGCUAGUUUGCACAGAGAUAACAAAUCCACACACAGCAGAGUCUGUUGACGAGAAUGCUCAACCAGAGACUCAAAACAUUGAGCAGGUCUGUGAAGAACAAGAAGUAAGUUCUUUAGAAGAUAACGCAAAUUUGCUUGUUGAUGCUGGCUCUGAUUCAUCCAACCAACAAGAAAUGUCCUUUACUGAUGGACUAAAUGCAACAAACCCCAUCCUUUACAAAGGCAGCGAUCUUAUUGCAACCCAAGAGGAAGUCUUGGCCAAAAGCGAAUCCACUGAGGGUUCACAAGAGGUGUUCUUGGACCACACCAGUGGGAAUUUUGUAUGCACUGUUGACGGCAGAGUUGUGGACUCCUUAAAAAACACUGUAGGUCCCGACGGAUCAAGGGAUUCUGCACCAAUAAACAAGGAAAAUUUUGUUUUAAAUAGAGCUUUGUCACCUGUUGAGAAACCAGCAACAGCUGUUACAUCGAGUGCCACUAGAACAUUUCAUGUUGUCGCACCAUCUAUGCCUGCAAAAAGACGCUUUGUUACCAUUCAACCUGGCUCCCAACCUAAAACCUUUCAGAUGGCCAUGCCUGUUGCUACUUCUAUUCCAAUAUCUGUGCCAAUCAACGUUGUCUCAACUUCUCCCACUUUUUCAGUUGCACCACAUGGUACUCAGUUUACUCCCUCACCUGUUGUAAUAAAUGGUUUUGGAGCUAUACCAAAGGAAGCUCUGAAGGGUCGUAGAAUUGCCAUACGCAUUGCCACCCCAAAACAGUCUCUGCCCCAUUGUGUGCCUGGUACACCUCCUACACCCCAGGUUCUUCUGGUCAACCGUGCAGGACAGAUUCUGGUGAAAAACCCACAGAAUAAUACAUACCAAAUACCUAGUGCAAAUUCCCCCUCGUAUACCCAAAUAAGCCAGAUUGCAAGAAUAAUACACAGCAGUAACGUCCUCCAGCGGCCUGUUCCUAAAGUCACAGUAAUGCCAGUGCCGCAGCUUCAGGCUUGUCUUAGUAAAUCGUCACCAGCGCGUAUCAUAUCUUACAGUAGCAACAACGGAGCAGCACCACCAACCCAGGUGCUGAUCAGGAGGAUUCCUCAAAGUUUUCCUGGUAGCCAAUUGCACGGUGUUAGUCCACCGCUAGAAAAGGCUGCCUCAAUAUCUGAAGGUGGACAGAAAGAACUGGCCCAGGUCAUAAUUGACAAAGCAAUGGCAAGUCACCGUGAAGUGGCAAAUGCCACCACUGCGAGCCCUUCUCUUCUCGGUAAACGCCUCUCUCCUGAACUAAAGAAAUCAUCAACUCCUCUUCGUACUCAACCCAACAUCUUGUCCAACUCUCGGUCCCAAGUCAGAAUCAAGAGAGCAUCCUCGGUAACUGAACGAAUCGGUGUGAAAAGAUGCAAGACAGACUUCUUGGAUCAGAUGGAUCCUAGUUCCCAGGAUGACCACAGCAGAUCAAACAGGGUUAGAAUAAAGGCCCCAAGUGUAAAGGAGGUGCUCGACUUUAAUGGAUCUUUCGACCCAAAGAACAAUGAAUCCAAGGUUGCUGAGCAUGAGAGAAUUACUCCAAAGGAACCAGUUGCGACCCAUGCAAAUGACUCACAAGACGGUGGUAAAUCUCAAAUUUUGAGCUCCAAACUUGGUGAUUCCUCUGACUGGGCUCCUUAUGCAGGUUGGAGUUCAGAUGAGGAAUCUCCAUCUCCUGGCAAGCAGGAGAAGUGUGCCAGUUUGUAUCAGCCACACCUGAUUUUUCAAAUUACCAGUGAGGAUGGUUUUAGCGUAGAAGCCGACAGCAUGGAUGUGGCGUGGAAAGCGGUAAUGGAUGGUGUCCAGGAAGCACGGAUAGGCUGUCGGAUGGAGCAGUUGCCCUUCAACAGUGUUAAUGGUGCCAGGGUCUUGGGUGUUCUCCAUGAUGCAGUGCUCUUUCUGCUGGAGCAGCUGCAGGGUGCGCCUCUCUGCCAGAAACACAGCUUCCGCUUCCACCAGCAUGAAAUUCCUGAAGAGGAGCUGCCGGUCAACCCCAAUGGCUGUGCCCGCGCAGAGGUCUAUGUGCGGAAAUCUACCUUCGACAUGUUCAAUUUCUUGGCAUCGCAACAUCGUCAGCUUCCUGAAUCCAGGCCGUGUGAUGAUGAUGAGGAUGACAUUAUGCUCAAGUCCAGCAGACGAGCUACAAGUACAGAGUUGCCAGUAGCUAUGAGGUUCAGGCACUUGGAGAAAACCUCAAAAGAAGCUGUAGGAGUUUACAGAUCGGCUAUUCAUGGUCGGGGUCUUUUCUGCAAGAGAAACAUCGAGGCAGGAGAGAUGGUGAUCGAAUAUGCUGGCAAUGUCAUCCGCGCAGUUCUCACUGACAAAAGGGAGAAAUACUAUGACAGCAAGGGCAUCGGCUGCUACAUGUUUCGCAUUGAUGAUUUUGACGUGGUGGACGCCACCAUGCACGGAAACGCGGCACGCUUCAUCAAUCACUCCUGUGACCCUAACUGUUACUCUCGAGUCAUCAAUGUUGAGGGCCAGAAGCACAUUGUUAUUUUCGCCCUACGGAAGAUUUACCGCGGUGAAGAGCUCACCUACGAUUACAAGUUCCCCAUCGAAGAUGCAGACAACAAAUUGCACUGUAACUGCGGGACCCGGCGCUGUCGACGCUUCCUCAACUAAGGUUUAUUUGGGAUAUUUUGGUAUGAGUGGCUAUUUUGGAAGGAAGACACUCAAUAUACAGGUGCUUAAAGGUGUAGAGAUGAAUGUAUUCUGAAGGAAACCGCAUAUUGAAAACGAUCGGCCAGAUGUGUAGCGAUUAUUUUAGGCCACUAGCAUGAGCUCUAUUUAUCAUCCCAAAUACCCAUUAACGCUGCUGAAAUUGUGACUAUAAAUGAAUACCCUUUACUACUUUAGUUCUCCUGCUUUGUCCCAGCAUGCCUUUGAUAAUCUUGCCACAGAUGAUGGCUGGUAAUGCAGUAGAUCAAUUCUGGAAGGAUCCUUUACAGAGGUUUUCAUAGUGGAAGAUGCCCUGAUGUUUGAAAGGGUGUGAUUAUUUUUGCUACUGAAUCUGAGGAGUUCUUAUGACGACUCUUCAUCAACAGCACCUUAAUAAUAAUCUUAGCUUGUUUUCCCAGAAAUGUAAGCAGUGUACAUAUUCCCAAGAUCCUUUUAGGCAAACCAUGAGCGAUCGUACGUAGUUGCAGCUUGUUCUCAGAACAAUUACAUUCAUGUAUUUCGCAGUGUUUUUAUGUGGGCGCAAAUGAACGGAUCCCUUACAAGAAAAGCAAAUUAAAUUCCUGUGACUGCCACUUUAAUUGAAUAUAGAGUAGUUUUACUCGGAAUUCAUGUCAAGAUAUUUUUGCUGAGUCAUUUGGAUUAGCUUUAUUCACUCAAAUGUUUUGACAGAUUGGUUUUAUGAACCCACUGUUUUUAUGUGCUUUUAUAUAUCUUGAGGCCAGUCUUUUUGUAAUAUUCUGCUUAUUAGGAUCACUGGUGCAGUGUUCGAUAAAUCCCAUCCUGAUCAUAACAUGCACAAGUAUUACCAGAAAUAAACAAAACCACACUCAUGAGUGGCGUGUUUAGCUUGAAACAGCAGACACGCUGCUAAUAGCCAUGUGUUUUUUUUUUAUUUACUUAUUUUUUCAAUUCCUCCCGCAGCACGUUUCUCCUCUCCGUUUGGAUCGACUACCUCAGUAGCUCAGUAAACCAGUUACCGCUAGUGAAGUUACAGUACAAAUUAUAGUACGCUGGGUGAAUAAUGCCGAAUUAGCUUUGAAUUUUAUGCAAUGUGACUGUAGGGGUUGUUUGUUUGUGUUUUUUUUCCUUUCCAGAGAUUUCCCAAAUCCCUCUUCCCUCAUGCUUUUGUACAGAAUUGAAGUGGGCUUAUUAUUAAAAAUGAAGACUGGGGCUUGAUUCCAUCACUGAACGUGAUCCAACUCAGAGUGACUCUUUGUAUAUAGUUGUAUACAAGAAUUUCUAAAGCUGUUAAAUUUUUCUACGCACUUUUUUUAUUUAUGAUGUUCUGUACGUAAUAAAGAUACAAAAAUAUUUGAACAAAAUACAA